AAGUUUUGUUAAAUUUAUACUAUUUGACAAGUCAAAGAACUCGGUCUGAUGGCUAACAAAAUAAGCAUUGCUUCCAUGUUUGUAGACUUUGAAACUCCACUCUUAAGACAGCUUCUUCUUCUCACCUUUGUCCAGAAAUCUAUCUUCUUCUCUACUUAGAUUCAUUUGCAGGUUGUAAAUAUUAACAUAGAAGCUUGCACAUGUAAAAAGUUCAAAUAUUUAUAGACAAAAUGGAAAAUUCAGGAUUCAGUUUGAAGAAGCUGACAUUGAGAAUGGCUUUGUGCUUCAUUGUAUUGCCUCUUUUAUUCCUAAUCUCAAUGAUAUAUCAAAAUUCAGUUUCUAAAAUAAUUCAAGAAUAUUCAGCUCAAUCUGCAUUCAAAGAAAAAGCUAAAAAUCUUACUGUACUUCCAAAAAUCAUUGAAUCCGAAGGCCAUUCUGAUAAAUUGCUUGGCGGAAUUCUGGCUUCAGGAUUUGAUUCAGAAUCUUGCAUUAGCAGGUAUGAGUCUAGCUUAUAUCGAAAAACCUCAACUCAUAAGCCUUCUUCAUAUCUUAUUUCCAAGCUUCGAAAGUACGAAAAACGCCAUAAACAUUGCGGUCCUGGAACAGAAUUCUACAAUAAAGCUGUAAAAGGACUUGAUUCAAGCCACGCCAAUGUUACUUCAGAAUGUAGUUAUAUUGUCUGGUUGCCUUCCAAUGGCCUUGGAAACAGGAUUGUAAGCAUGACGGCAGCAUUUCUAUAUUCUCUCGUUACUGACAGAGUCUUGCUUGUUCAUCACGGAACUGAUAUGGCGGAUCUUUUCUGUGAACCAUUUCCGAAUACAUCAUGGUUCUUGCCUUCGGAUUUUCCGCUCAUAGAUCAAUUCGAUAGCUCGAAAAUGAGGAACAAUUAUAGCUACGGAGCCCUCCUGAAGAAUAACAACACGAAUACUUCAACUCUGAAGCCCCCAGGUUUUCUGUUCCUUUAUCUAGCUUACAAUUAUGAUGAAUCUGACAAGCUUUUUUACUUGGAUCAGAAUCAAGAUUUUCUCCGGAAAGUUCCGUGGUUAAUCCUAAGAUCGGAUCAGUAUUUUGUUCCUUAUCUAUUCUUAAUCAAGUCAUUUCAAAACGAAUUGAACAGAUUAUUUCCUGACAAAGAAACAGUUUUCCACAACUUGAGCAGAUAUUUAUUCCACCCUUCAAAUCAAGCUUGGGGACUAAUCACCAGAUUCUACCAAGCUUACCUGGCUCGAGCCGACGAAAUAAUCGGUCUGCAAAUAAGACUAUUCGAUCCUAAAUCAAAUCCAAGUGAUCUUGUGAUGAAGCAAAUCCUGUCAUGUACUGAAAAUGAAAACCUGCUACCCAAAUUAGUUAAUCAGAAAAAUACAGUUACUUCAGCAUCAAGAAACCAGACACUAAAAGCUAUUUUAGUAGCAUCAUUACAUUCAGAAUACUAUACAAAUUUGAAGAACAUAUAUUGGACGAAACCGACCGCGACCGGGGAAGCAAUCGGAGUGUACCAGCCGAGCAAUGAAGAGUAUCAACAUUUUGGUGACAAUAUGCAUAAUAUUAAGGCAUGGGCUGAAAUGUAUGUACUGAGUUUAAGUGAUGUGUUGGUGACUAGUUCUUGGUCUACAUUUGGGUAUGUGGCUCAAGGGCUAGGGGGUUUGAGGCCAUGGAUUAUGUUCAUGCCGGAUAAUCGGAAUAUUCCGAAUCCACCGUGUCGGCGAGUUUUGUCUAUGGAGCCUUGCUUCCAUUAUCCUCCAAGUUAUGAUAGGGAUAAAAAUGUUAGAGAUGAAAAUGUUGAUCUUGGUGAGCAUGUUACACAGUGUGAAGAUGUGAGCUGGGGAGUAAAAUUGGUCAAUAGUAAAAAUAAUUUAUUCACGGCCAAGCAUUGAUGAUCUUUUCCCAUCAAAUUUGUUAUUUUUUUGUUCUUAUAAAUAAAGAUUAGCCUCAUGAAUAUUUUUUACAUUUUCAUGCUGUGCAUCAAUUUUUCAUUUUGUAACAUUUUCAUUUUCAGUUAGUUGAAAGAGAAACAAUUUAGUAUGAAAUUUUGACAAGACUUCGAAUUUA